ACGAGACCGUCACGUGACAGAGUCGUUUUCCGCCAGGAACGGCUAGCAUCGCCGUAAGAGCGCCUAUCUUUCGGCAGCGGGUAGCAAACGUCUCCCUCCGGCUCACGUCCUUGUUCGGUUCGGCCCCACCACAAACAUGUCGGCAGUGCAGAGGAUGAAAGUGGCGAACGAGCGGCACAGCAAGACAAUCACACAGCGGGGACACGUCCAGAAAACAUCGCGGCCGGUCAACGAGGAGAAGUCUCCGGUGGGUCCGUGGCUGCUGGCGCUCUUCGUCUUUGUGGUUUGUGGCUCAGCUAUCUUCCAGAUCAUCCAGAGUAUCAGACAGGGCAUGUAAACGUCGGGAGCUGACGCAGCGUUGACAAAUACACCUGGGAAGCAAACUGAUCUUAUUUAGUUAUAUAUUUUUAUUUUGCUAUUGUAUUGAUCUGAUAUUGAUGAUUUAUCAGUGUCCUAUCUGGCUUUGUUUACCUUCUGAUACAACUGCAAAGUCUAACUUUUGAUUUUUUACAACAUGUAGCGGCAGGCAUCAAAUAAAUGUGUUGGUUUUGGAGGUUGUUUUUUUGACACAAAGCAUAUGUUGUCUGUCGCUGCUCCACCACCCGGAGAUGUUCCGGAAUCAUCAGAUAUGAGUGGUUUCUAGCCGACAACCUGGCAGCUGGACGGGGAUGCACCAAGCAACUGUUCACUACAUUGCCCAUGUAUUCCAGUGAAAACCAUAACACGCCCUAUAAUGCUUUGUUGAUGUCCAAAGCUGAAGAGGCACAGCUUUUAUAUGAAAUAAAGCAGAUAUUUUUCUCUA